UCCACCUCACGCGGUCAAUUGAAGAGAUCUUCCCUUUUGAUCUGUAUAUAUCUCGGAGUGGUGGAGGGACCGAGGGAAGAUUUUCGGCGACCGAGGAAACCACCCUCAUGGACGAUACAAUGUCAGCAAGUCAAGCACGACUUGACUUGGUAGAAAAGUUCGCGUAUCUGAUCGGAUCUGGAGAUGGGUUGGCGCUUGCGGACCGCGCUGUGAGCAGUAGAAUGAGAAAGAUUUGAUCUUGAGUUCGAAACGUGAGAAUACUCUGUAUAUCUCCCGUAGUCUGUACAGGGAUUGACUCUGUCUCCUGCAUCAACAGUCUUGGGUGAAGCUAGGCAGGAGGGUGGAAAGUGAGCACAAACCGUCGUGCAGGAGAGAGGGAGGCGACCCUUUUAACUGUAGCUCUAGCUCUGGUCGAAAGGUCAUUAGACGCCCCUUAAAGGGUUGCCGCCAUAUGUAUAAAUAUUAAUCAAGAAAGGGUCAACAGAAUGUGAUGAUUGUCUAGACGCGCAAAAGUCGUGAAUAGAAUAGUGAAGCCAAGCACCUUCUUUGCUUGUUCUCGAAUUCAAAAAUCAACACCCCCCCAAAGAAGAUCCUGCGGAUUCUGGAUGAAAUCUGUCGGAUCUCGCUUUCCAAACUGUCAAAGAUUUUUCCUCCCCCACCAGGGGAUUCUUACAUCUCUCUCGCACUCCAAAAUGGGUUCCCAUUUGAAUAUUGACCCACCAUCUUGUUCUCUUCGUUCAUCCUUUUCCCCUCCUCCUCCUCCUCCUCCUCCUCCUCCUCCCUGUCGCUCCUCGCCGUUGCUCUUGAUCAAUCGCCGAUCAAAAUGGGUGUUACCACCGAGUCGCAAUUUCACGUCUUGGCUGUUGAUGACAGUCUUAUUGACAGAAAGCUGAUUGAGAGGCUCCUCAAAACCUCUUCUUAUCAAGUGACUGCAGUCGAUUCUGGAAGUAAGGCUCUGGAGUUCCUGGGUCUGAACGAGGAGCAGCCCAGAAACGCAAACACUACCUCUGUCUCUCCAAACUAUCAUAAUCAGGAGAUAGAAGUGAAUUUGAUCAUCACAGACUAUUUCAUGCCAGAAAUGACAGGCUAUGAUCUCUUGAGAAAGAUCAAGGAAUCGAAAAGUUACAAAGACGUACCAGUUGUGAUCAUGUCUUCUGAGAAUGUUCCCUCGAGAAUCAGCCAAUGCUUGGAAGAUGGGGCUGAAGAGUUCUUUCUCAAACCAGUUCAACUAUCAGAUGUCAACAAGCUUAGACCCCAUUUGUUGAGAGGCAGAUCUAAAGAACACCAUCCCAACAGCGAAAAGAGGAAGGACAGGGAAGAGAUAUUAUCACCUGGGAGAACAAGAACAAGAUAUGAUGUCCCUGCAGUGAUUUAGUUUAGAACUAGAUACAGCUGAUGCAGGGUUCUUGUGGCGAACACUCACGGGAAAAGGAAAUUCAUGGUAGUUUGUUGAGAUGUGGUCUAUGUAGAUACUCUUGUCUUCUCUCUCAACUAUAGAUCAUACAAACUUUAUGGUGACAAAGAAUUCUGUUUAGAGAGGAUUCUCUCUAAACGAAAAUUUCAGGGCCUCA